AAUGUCAUGAUUUUUUUAAUGGUGUUGAGUGUGCUAUUGCAGCAAUGGUUUAAAAAUUUUGAAAUUCCAAAAAAUGAAAAACAGCAAUCUCAAAAAAGAAAUAUCACCGAAUUGGAAAAAAUUAUGUGCUCAGAAAAUUUCAUCACAAAAUAAACAUAAAGAAUGUAAUGAUAAUGUUCUUGGUAAGCGAAAAAUAAUGAAAACGAAAUCCAAACCAACGACUAAUGAUGGGAAAACAAACGGUAUUAUCGAUACAAAAAUUGAUAAAAUCACCAAUGGCAAUGAUAAUGUUCAAAAGAUUUUAACCAAUUUUGGUUUACAACAAAAUCAGGAAAAAAUAUGGUUUGAUGGAGUUGAUCCACAUUUGAUUCGAACAACACAAUUACCAUCAAAUUCAAGUCUUUGUCAGGAAAAAUCAUCAAAAGAAUUGACGAAUGCUAUAGCCAUCGAUUGUGAAAUGGUCGGUACCGGAUAUGGUGGUAGUAAUUCAGCAUUGGCUCGAAUUUCAAUUGUUAAUCUAUAUGGACAUUGUGUUUAUGAUAAAUAUGUUAAACCGAUCGAAAAGGUUACCGAUUAUCGUACACAAGUUUCUGGCAUACGACCUGAACAUCUUGAAAAUGCUAUCGAUUUUAAAACCGUACAACGUGAAGUAUGUGAAAUGAUUGAUGGUAGAAUUUUAGUUGGCCAUGCUAUUCAUCAUGAUCUUAGUGUAUUAUAUCUAUCACAUCCGAAACAAAUGAUUCGUGAUACAAGUGUAUAUUUUAAACGUUUUUUCAAAGGAUGUACACCAUCAUUAAAACGAUUAGCUAAUGUUUAUUUAAAUGUAAAAAUACAGGAUGGUGAACAUGAUUCGAUUAUCGAUGCACAGGCAACAAUGAGAUUAUAUACAUUAUUUAAAAAAGAAUGGGAAUCAAUAAUCAAUUCGAAAGCUAAACGAAAAGAAAGACGAAAAAAGAAAAGAAAAACCAAUGAAUCGUCAGCAAUGCAAUUAAAUUCAUCGAAUAAUUAAUUUUAGUUCUUUUUAAUU